CCUAUGUAAAACCUAACCUACAAGCCUAAGGACUCAUAUCACUCUUACCGGAUGUAAAAAGCCCCGCACGUGUGAAUCCCCAAUAAAACCCUUCCCCCCAUCUUCUUCCUCGCACUCAGCACCACGUAAACGCCGGAAGAGCAUGAGAGGGGAGGUGAGGGCAAGAGGAGUCCUCGAUAUGGCGGCGCCGCCAUUAGACCUCAUCGGCGUCCAAAUACCUUACCACUUCCGAUGCCCAAUUUCUCUAGAGCUGAUGCGAGAUCCAGUAACAGUAUGCACCGGACAGACCUACGAUCGUUCCAGCAUCGAAUCAUGGUUUGCGAUGGGAAAUAUCACAUGCCCCGUCACCCGCUCCCCUCUAAGCGACUUCACCCUCAUCCCCAACCACACCCUCCGCCGCUUAAUCCAGGAAUGGUGCGUCGCCCACCGCUCCCAUGGCGUGGAACGAAUCCCCACCCCGAAACAACCCGCAGACCCCACCCUUGUCCACCUCCUCCUCACCCAAGCCUCCGCCGCCGAUAAGUCUUCGACGACAACCCGUAUCGAAGCGCUCCGCCGCCUCCGUGCUCUGGCCUGCGAGUCGGAGAAGAAUCGCGCGGUGGUGUCUACUUACUCGCGCUCGGGAAUUGUCGAGAUGGCGUUCGGCGCGGAUCUUGAUUUGGCGGUUGAGGCGAUGGAGGUGUUGGCGGUGGUGGCUGUUACUGAAAGGGAGAGCGCGAUGGUGGCGGGGAGGCCGGAGAGGGUGGCGAGGCUGGCGGCGAUGAUUGGACUGGAGAGAUCGGCGGAAGCGCGAAUCGGAGCGGCUGCAUUGGUGGAGGCGAUGAGGACGGCGGAGGCGAGGGGAGCGGUUGGGGGAGCUGAUGGGGUGAUUGAAGGACUGGUUGCGCUGGUGGAGAAGGGGGAUUCGCGGGAGGUGAGAGCUGGUAUGCGGGGAUUGUUCUCGCUCUGCUUGGCGAAGGAGAACAGGGGAAGGGCGGUGAUGGAGGGAGUGGCGGAAGCGGUGGUGAGGAGGUUGGGGGAAAUGUGCUGCGCGGAGAGAGGGGAUUUGGAGCGGGGGCUUGCGACGGUGGAGCUGUUAUGUAGGGUGGAAGGGGGAAGGGAAGCGGUGGUGGGAGUGGAGGGAGCGGUGGGGGCGUUGGUGAGGGCGAUGGAGGGGAAGGCGACGGAGAGGGCGGCGGAGCAUGCGGCGGGGGCGGUGGUGGGGGGGGGGGGGGGUGGGGGGGGGGGGGGGAGGGGGGAGGGGGCGGUCGUCACGCAUCUGCUGUUAAUGGUGCAGAGUGGGUGUUCAGAGAGGGCGAGGAGGAAGGCACAGAUGCUGCUUAAGAUACUCAGGCCGGCAUGGCCGAUGCAGGAUUUGUUCUCGAAUUCUGAUGACUUUCUCCGACCUAUAUGAAUUUAGGGUUGGGUUGUGUUGUGUUGCGUUUUGUGUUGUGUCAUCUACAAUUUGGAUGAUAAUUGUAUUUAGUUUCAGUUAGAACUUGAAACAAUUUCUUUUGAGAGGUUAAG